GUAAAAACUCCCAGCUCUCAACCCAGUCAGUCUUUUGUAGCAACAUUAGCUUCAAACCCACCCUCAGCAUGGCUUCCAAAGGAACCGCCGCUGAAAAAUCCAUAGCGGACCAUCUCACCGAAUGGGGCUCUUCAUCCCUUCCCCCCUCCCUCCUCGCAACCCUCAUCACCGCCCUGCACGCGCGCCCCCUCCAGCCCCUCCCCCUCACGCUCUUCACUCCAACGCUCCUCUUCUCGUCCUACCUCAACCUGUCGGGCUACCCAACCGCCAGCGCGGGCCUCGCCGCCGCCUGGUCCGGCCUGUACGCGCUGCUGGCCCUGCGGAGGAGGCAGCCCCUGCGGGCCAAGUUCAGCAUCCGCGGCGUGGUGCGAGGCACGGCGAUUGGCUUGGGGGCCGCGAAUUGCGUGGCGGGCGGGUGGGUGUACAUGCAUGGCAGUAAGGAUCGGGAUAAGAAGGCUAGGGAGGAGAGGAAUCGGUGGGGGCAGUAUGAUGAUAAAUGAUGGGAAACGAUAUGAAGAACUGGAUGCCAACGGGGGGAAAGGAGUGAGAAGGUGUGAUGUUUAUGGGGAUGAACGGAACAACAAAAAAAAAAGGAGAAGAAAGGAGUAUUCCCUUGUACUAUUACCAACAUUGUUGCUGGGCCUAAAGAGAUGCAUACAUGUAUAUUAUUAUGACACAGAAUGAAAGAAAAGACAAUUCACAC